AUGGGCCGCAUCGUUGUAACUGGGGGCUCAGGUAAAGCCGGUCAAUUCGUCAUUGCCGAACUCCUCUCAAACGGCCACAAAGUCUUAAAUCUAGACCUAAGCCCAAUGGACAACCCAGAAGUUUAUACCCUAAAAACCGACCUAGCAGACAGCGGCCAAGUCUUCAACGCCCUAUCCGGCCAAUGGUCCCUGCAAGAACCCUUCCCAGAAGGUCUGCCACCACGCCCAGACGCUGUCAUCCAUCUGGCCGGGUACGCACGCAACAUGCUCGUGCCGGAUAACGAGACCUUCCGCUCCAACACGCAGGGCACCUACAAUAUCAUCGAAGCCGCCUGCAAAUUGGGUAUCCGCAAGAUCAUUCUCGCAAGCAGUGUCACUGUCUACGGUGUCUCGUUUGCACAGGGCGAUGCCAAUUUCCCUUCGUUUCCUAUCCACGAGGAUCUGGACGUGAAUCCGACGGAUACGUAUGCCAUUGCGAAGCUAUGCAAUGAACGUAUAGGGCGGGGCUUCGCUGAGCGCUUCGGGGUGGAUAUCUACAGUCUGCGCAUUGGACGUGUCAUCCAACCGGAUGAGUAUAACGAUGAGAUCUUCUACAGUUAUGUCCACGAACCUCAUAUGUGGAAGGUACAUGGGUGGUCAUACAUUGAUGCUCGAGAUCUGGGUGGCAUGUGUGAAGCGGGCUUGAAGACUUCUGGGCUUGGGUUCCAGGUGUUCAAUGCUACUAAUGAUCACAUUACCAAUUUAAGUCCCACCAGGGAAUUUUUGCAGGCUCAGUCGCCUGGUACGCCUAUUACGCGUGAGAUGGAGGAGUUUGAGGCGCCGUUCUCCAAUAGUAAGAUGAAGAAACUGCUUGGGUUUGUUGAGAAACAUCCCUGGAAACUCUAUUUCAAGCAUUGGGAGAAGAAGGUUGCUACGUGA